AUUCUAGCUGCCAUCAAACGCCAUAAGCAAAAUUAAAUCCAUUAAAGUCUUUUAAAAGGUAAGCAAAAAAGCUUUUGUUUAGGGUUCUAUUGCGGCAAUGGGCUGGAAAGAAUCGGACUUGGUGGUGGAUUUGGAUCCUCCGGAUGAAGAGUGCCCGAUCUGCAUCAGCUCGCUCCAAGGUGACGAGGUCGUCGUCGAGCUCUCUCGAUGCAACCAUCACUUCCACCGCAAAUGCGUCACAUCUUGGUUCCGCUCUCGCCCUAGCUGCCCAACUUGCCUCCGUCCGUACGGGAUCUUCACCGGAACCCAGCCCCGGGGAUCCAUGUUCGUACAGAUGGAGAGCAAUUGGAGCUGUGCAGGGUUUCCAUUGCACGGUGUUAUCACGAUUAAUUACCACUUCCCAAAUGGAAUCCAGGGGCCGGAGCAUCCCAAUCCUGGGCAUCACUACAAAGGGACUGUACGAACGGCAUUUUUGCCUGAUAAUGAAGAAGGGCGAGAUAUAUUGAGGCUCUUGAAGAUAGCAUGGAAGCGAAGGCUGGUUUUCACUGUGGGGACGUCAAUUACCACAGGUUUAAGUAACUGUGUAAUCUGGAAUGGCAUCCACCACAAGACUCAGUACGAAGGCACAUACGGAUAUCCAGAUGCGACUUAUCUCAGUAGAGUAAGGCAGGAACUCGCUGCAUUGGGCGUUUUUUAACGUAAAACUCUAGCUGCCACGUGGACGGUUGUAAUUCAAACUCAAAUGCGUAGUGAAGAAAAAGAAUAUUCUUCAGGAUCUUAGGGUUUGAGAAGGGCUUUAGUAUGGACGAGCGAUGGCGCGCGCCCGAGUGGCUCUAUCCGUGCUUGAUCGCCGGAUCGGGAUGUGCUCUAGCGCUGCGGGCUUCGAUCUCCAGGAAAUAUGGCGCCGCGCCUCGCCUUUCACCUACAUUCGUUGCGUUCCAGAGGAGGUUUUUUCAAGUUUUCUUGUUGGCUUUAGUGGCGCAUGGUUUCCAAAAUGUGUAUGUAGAAGCUCUGUACAAGAGCUAUGGAUUGCAGAGAAAGGAAAUAGCUCGUCUUCUCCUGUUUGGUCACGCAGCAGCAAUUUUUGUAGGGACAAUUGUGGCAGUUUCAGCGGAUUCCUUAGGACGAAAGCAAGUAUGCCUUGCGUAUGCGGUCUUUACGGUGAUUGAGUCUGUUCUAAAGCAAUCGGGACACCUCUACGCUCUUUGCCUUGCGAGGAUUUUCAACGGGUUGGCCUCGUCGGUGCUGCCUUGCGUUUUUGAGACAUGGAUGAUCUCAGAGCAUGAGAGGCAUGGUUUUCGUCAAGAAUGGAUGGUGGAAACGUUCCUGAUGAUGACUUUUGGCGGAGCUAUCGCAUUACUUGGUACCACCGCUGUUGCAAACUUUUUCGUCACCAAUUUGGGUUGGAAGCUAGGAGCACCAUCUGUUCUCUCCGCCGGUGCUGCAGUUAUUCUUUUUCUUUUCGUUUCCAGAUCCUGGGAUGAGAACUGGGGUGAGGAGAGUCAAGGAAAAAUCUCCAAGCCGUUGCUCCUUCCGUUUCGUGACAAAAAAGUCGUGACUUUGGGACUCGUACAAGGAGUUUUUGACGUAUCAGUGGCCGUUUUUUGGCUUCUCUGGGUGCCGACGAUAGUGGCCGAUGGUCGAGAGAUUUAUGUUGGAUCGAUAUAUGUUUGCUUGAUGGCCUCUGUUAUGGUGGGGACUAGUAUUGCUGCUUUCCUUUCAUCCUUCCCGUUGCUCACACCUGAGAGAUCUCUUGCUCUUGUGCUGGCUAUUGCAAGUAUCUGCUUAUUAGUCCCGGCCUACGAUUACCAGGAGAUUCCAGUGUUGGUGGCGAUGUUCUGUGUGUUUCACAUAUGCGUCGGGAUAGCUACGCCUUUGCUAGCUUGCUUUCGAGCCUCAUAUAUCUCCAGUUCUCGUCGAGCAGGAGUUUAUGCCAUUUACCGUGUUCCAACUGACUUGGCACUCAUUCUUUUUCUAACUCAGGGCUCAAUCCGUCAGGCAUGGGAUAAUAGCACCAUCCUUUACACAUGCGGUUUAGCAAAUCUUGCAGCCGCGGGAGGGGUGCUUGCGCUGACAAACUCUUGGAAGAAACUCUAGAAAAACAUUUGUACGGAACUUCUCUCUAUCUACACGGUUGCUUGACGCUGGAGAAACUGGAAUUUACAGUCGAUGAAGCUCUCUCUCUCUCAAUCCUCGUUGAGCGGGACAAGGACGAGGAUGAUAGAGCUGUAACUUAUCAUAGGAUAGAUUUGAGCGUUGAGAA